CAUGCCAAUCUGAUCACUAUACUGCACCAUCCAGUACUCCACCAACAUAACUCCCACCAUCUCUGUCUCAUCCUCUAUAUAUCCCUCACACUUACCGACCUUACCCUCUUCUAUAUAUACCCUCUCUCUCUCUUACUCAAUCCUAGCUUACAUUGAAGUAGCUAGCUAGCUAUAUAUAUAGUAGUUGCUAGUAGUCCACAUUCCGAAUUAAGCACAACAUCAUGUCCAGCAGGAGGUCGAGAUCGAGGCCGUCGAGCUCGUCGAGGAUCAGCGCGGAGCAGAUUAAUGACCUCGUGUCCAAGUUGCAAGCGCUUCUUCCUGAAGCUCGCAUCAGGAGAAAUGAUAGGGAGUCUGCGGCUAAGGUAUUGCAGGAGACUUGCAACUACAUUAGAAGCUUGCACCGAGAGGUCGACGAUUUGAGCGAGAGGCUCUCGGAGUUGCUCGCCACGGCCGACAGUGCCCAAGCUGCGAUCAUCCGUAGCUUGCUCACGCAGUAGAUCUCUAUUUUGGCUGGGCAUGCAUAGUUUCAAACCUUGGUGUUAUGUUCUUGGAUUUCAUGGCUAAACUUUUGUCAGAAGAAGCAUCACCUUAAUUUCAUUUGAUUGUAGCUAGUGAGCCUUUUGUUAGUUGGUCCGUGGUGUACUAAACCUUAAUUCGACCUCUUAUAAGAGCUAGAGUUUUGAUUC